AUGUCGUAUGGAGGAACAUUAUGCCCACACGCGCACAAAUUCCUUCUCUUGCCCAUUGCCUUCAACCAUUGCCGUCAAAACACCACUCGCCUUCAACAAUUUCAAACUCUCACUCCGCUCCACUCUCAGUCCCUUCCUUUCAACUUCAACAACUCCGCCACGCCCUUCAAACCCACCCUCCCCCUCCUCUCCGCCCUCCCCAACGACGGCUUCGGCGGAAGCGGCCCACGUGGCGGCGGUGGCGGUGGCGGUGGCGGAGGCUCUGACGAUCUAACAUGGUUUUACUACAGGUACUUGGCUCUUCUUGGAAAACACCCUGUUGCCGUGAAAGCUCUAACAUCUGCAAUUUUGAAUCUAAUUGGAGAUUUGUUAUGCGAGCUUGUGAUAGACAAAGUGCCAUCACUGGAUUUCAAGAGGACAUUUGUCUUUACUUUUCUUGGUUUUGCUUUAGUGGGUCCAACAUUGCAUUUCUGGUAUUUGUAUAUGAGUAAAUUGGUUACACUUCCUGGAGCAUCAGGUGCCCUUUUGCGGCUUGUACUUGAUCAGUUCUUAUUUUCACCCAUAUUCAGCGGAGUUUUCUUAUCUACAUUGGUGACACUGGAGGGAAGCCCAUCACAAGUUGUACCCAAGCUUAAACAGGUCCUUGCUGCUAAUGUUAUUGCUUUGAUGUGGAAUAUUAUUCUCUCAUUUAUGGCACAUAAAGAGGUUCUUACAAAAUAG